UGCUGAAGGGAAACACUGACUUCCUCAUCAUGUGAAGCGAUGCUGAGAUGAGACAAACAGCUCCUUUGUUUGACCUACCCUUAAACAAAUGAGGUGACAGCUACUCGCUCGUCUUCAAACGUUGUCUGACUGAUGAGAUGCAGCCAGGGAGUAGUCCAGCAGGAAAACCUGUCUUCACUCACUCGUCCUCGUAGACUGAGGAUGAGUUCAUGGUUCCUGACUACAGCAAACAGACACCUGACACAGGAACAGGGAGAAGAUGAUGUGCAUCAUCCUGCUGCUCAUCAACCUGACCUCCUGUGUCUGUGGAACAUUUGUAGUCAAUGUGACACAGACCUCCUAUCAGGCAGAGGAGAACCACAACAUCACACUUGAGUGGAUGUUCACGACUAAAACUGGCAGCUCCCUCCACUCCCUUUAUAUCUACUGUGAACUGUUAACUGAUCUCAGAGCCUCAGUCCUGUUUCAUCUACAUGGAGGUGUUGAGGUCCCAGAGUCUCAGGAUGAACAGUUUACAGGACGAGUCCAGUGUGACAAAGACGUCCUCAGAGAGGGACGACUCAGACUUCAUGUGUCCAGACUCAGGACUGAUGACUCAGGACUGUACAUGUGUGAAGUGGUCACACAUAAUGAUGUCAACUUCAGCGAACGCUACCUCAAUGUCACUGCGAGGGAGCGACCCAAACCUGAGACACCAAACACAGCAAGUGGACAGCAACCAAAGAGUCGAGGAAGGAUCGGCCUCUACUUUGUACUGGGACUGACUCUAGCAGCUGCAGCUCUGCUGGGUCUACGUGUCUGUUUAUUCAGACACUUUCUGUUUAGAGAAGAAGAUUUCUACUCCAGUAGUGAAUCUGAGAGUAUUAACAGCUCAGCACGUGGAUCAGAGGAAACACUUUUUUACACAAAUAUUGCAUUUAAACAAAACUGUUAGAAUCAAAUCAAAUUCCUCAUCUACUAUACAUUUUUAUAUAUUUACCUUUUGCACUUUAAUCUCUGAGAUCAACUUCUUCUCAUAUAUAUAUUUAUUAAUCAUGUUCUUGCCUGUUCUGAUGUGCUAGGACCACUGACAUGAUCAGUUCAUGCAAAAAGUGGCAGAGUGGGCUCAGAAGUAUGACAUCAUGUGAUAGAUAUGUCCAAAUUAAGCAAGAGUUUAAACUGGAGAGAGGUUUUCUCAAGAA